AUACUAUAGUACAGUCACAUUGUAAGGGUCCAGAAAUAACUCCCUGUGUUAUAUCGAUCAGGGACGUGACGUUGUGGCCGCUAUCGCGACUAGCUCCAGAUAUCCAGUGACACUAUCUCUGUACGUUAUGAAGACUUUAAAUAUUAAGAUUUAAUUCUGUCGCUGAUUUAAUAUCAUAUGCCAGUCAAUAUCGGGUGGUCGCUAGGCAGUGAAAUAACGACGCUGAUUAAAGGACGGGAGAACGUCACAGUGCACAUGACCGACAGCUGGAGGAGAUAGAGAAGGAAAACAUCGGCUGCAAUCGAGGAUAGGUUGCAUAUAUACCCCGUGCUCGAGAUGAGGAGGUAGAGGCCGACUGGUGACGGUAUAUUUUCUAUGAAGAGCUACAUCUGAUGUUUUCAUAUACGGAUUAGAGAAACAGACAAACACUGAGUGAAUAGAGGGAGUGAAACAGCAAAGAAAAGGACUCAGCUGAAACGAAUCCACGAAGACAACCCUGAGGCAUAACAUCCCAUUGCUCUACAAUGCCAAUUCCCUGUGUGUAUGGACUGGCUGUCAUCCUUAGUCUCGUGGGGGGCUGUCUUGGAUAUAGUAGUGGAGCGCCAUCUUUAGCCUGUACGUCCAUGAAUCCGCAGCAUGGCCCGAGUCCCCAGGGAACGACGUCACCGUAUUCCAUAUCAGCGUCCGCAGCCACCUAUGAUACUGACGACACUAUAACAGUGACGGUGACAGGAACGUUCAAGGGAAUUCUUCUCCAAGCCCGGAGAGCGGGAACCACCACCAUAGUGGGUUCCUGGGGGACCCCUCCCCCGGGCACCAGACACCUCACCUGUCAGAACAUCGGCCAGAGCGCCAUCACCCACUCCAGCAGUACGGACAAGACUGACCUCAGCUUCCAGUGGACGGCGCCCAGUGACGGAGUCGGCGACAUAGAGUUCGUGGCCACGAUUGUGCAAGUAAAGGCCGUGUUUUGGACCGGAGUGAAGAGUUCGUCUCUAUCGCAACUGACGACCACAACCACCACAACUACCACAACUACCACCACCGUCACACCCAGCCCACAGACAGCUACCACAGCACCAUCUACAGUGUCAAUCUCCACAGUCAACACAACGUCGCUUACACCAUCAACAACCGCUGCGACGCCAACGACAACCGUUGCUAGCACUGUCACCAGUAGCGCGUCUGCAACUACCACGCUUGCAGGGGGUCGAAAUUCUGCUGCCUCUGUGGUUAAAAUGUUUCGGUUAUGUUCCUGGCUUUUCGUUUCAGUGGUGGCAGUUUUCUUUGAAAUUGUCAAGUGGUUAGACUGAUAUACAAGGAAAGAAGUAAUUGGAGUGAUGGGAUGAAGUUAUCUUAAAUAUGAAGAACUCACGCACACCAUUAAUAUCAUCUUAAUAAGCGCUGCACCAUAUACUUAGCACUCAGAAACAUAUUUAUUUUAUUAUAUAUAUCAUCUCGUUGUUUUAUUAACGCUGCAUCCGAAGUCAUUAAAUCUUACAUAAGGCACCAGGCGGUCUAACACGCGGUCGGAGAAUGACUGCACUGGAGGUAUGAAAUGUCAUAACAUCAUUUGCGAGGAAGCUUUAAUUAACGACUUAGACACGUAAUAAUUGCCAUUUGUAAUCGUGUCUGAUAUACCAGUUUUACGCAGGUGCAGGGAAGGGCAAAAAGGGUGGUUGCCAUCCUGUGGUAAUUUAUGUAAUUACAGCAUUGUUACUGUUCUUGCUCACGGAGAAGUUCUGAUCGGGAUAAGGAAAGGGCAACUUUGGUUUUUGCGAUUAUUAUUAUACGAUUAUUGCUGUUUUUAUCCUACCUCAGUAAUUUUUCUAUCUGUUAUAAAAUGUCAGCACUGUGCCUACUUUUGUCAAUUUAAAGUUUCUGACAUGUUGCACAGUGUCUUCUUUGUUUGGAUAUGUCGUCAGAAUUAGAGGUCAAAACAAGACAAAUCUUUUAGUUUAGAAAGUUGUAUAAAGCUAGUAUAGAAGAACACAGCCAAAUCAUUAGUUAAUCAAUAAAGUCGUCUUUUGAUUGUAGCUAUAGCCGUGUUUCACGGAUUGCGAGCAACCCCAUGGAAACAUGACUUGGAAACCCUCCAAGUCCAGUUCUGCCAUUUUAAUCAAAAGAAACCCGAUCAUGGCGGCUCUGCCUUGUGAUGUGGAAAACAUGCAGGUUUAUGACAGGUCUCGUUGUCCUUAGAUUACAUCAAUGUUUUUUUUUUAUACAUCAACACCAGGAAGUGAAAUCAAGAGCUACUGUGAAGUAUAUUUCUAUUCAGCCGUCAUAUCACAUGUACAUGUUGAUCGUGAUGAUACAGAAAUAAAUUGUUUAUG